AUGGAUAAAAUUGAUAUCAAGGUAUUGAAUUUUAUGUUCAAAAUUUGUCACAGACACAAAUUUGAAGACCAAAUUCCUGAAGAUAUCGUUCAAAUCAUAAGGGAAUAUAUUGUUUCAAGGAAUCUUACCGUUCACCUUAAAGAAACGAUUUCACGAAGGAAAAAGAAAUAUUAUGAAUUUGGAUGGGAUCGAGAUGAUUUAUUAACGGAACUAGUCUCAUUAUCUGCAAAAUCAUUUAUACCCCACGUAGAAAGUUUGAAGAGUACACAUAUUAAAACGAUGAAUAAAUGGUUCCUUGACCCAAGAAAGCACAAUAUGAAAUUUGAAGCCGAGUUAAAUUCAAAGGCAGAAGUUAUGACUGAAAUCAUCUUAAAUCAAGAAAGAUACUUACCAGGAUUUAAAUAUUUUUAUGAAUAUAAUUGGGUUUAUACAAAUGAAAAGGAUGAUGUUACUUUUGAGGGUGAUUUGCUAUUUAUUUCUGAGGUUGGAAUUAUGGCUGUAGUUGAAGUUAAACAUAUUAAUCAAGCUCAUCUUAAGGAGAAUAGAAAGGAAAUUAAGAGUCAGGUUAAGAAACUUAAGUAUCUUGCUGAUAAACAAUUCGAUUCAAGUGUUGUUGCGGUAAUUGGAUUAUAUGCCAAUCACGAUAAAAACGGUCAAAUAGUCUUGGAUUACAUUGAUAUUUAUGAUAAAAUGCUUGCAAAAAAGGCUAGACGAUUCUUGGAGAAGGAAUCGGAUACGUCUUCAGAUUCAAUUUCGGAG